AGCUGUGAGAGUGACACGCCCUGCCCACUAGGCUCAUAUUUGUAAAGCAGUCCUUGCAGCCGCUGUAGUCUGCAGACAGACAGGCACUCAGCACCGCCGAGCCGGGCGUGUUUGAAGCUGAGAGUAUCCCAGCAGCCUGACUCAGGGGCGGCCGGUGGGAGGAGGCAGAGAGACCGCAGCUGCAGCACCGCACAGCCUCUCCGACAGCGGCAAGAAGACGAAGCCGACACCACAUAUCAAUGUCUACGGAGCUGUCUGACGGCCGGGAUCUUGACGGUUUGGGAGAGCAGCCGACAGACGGAAAGGCUAGACUGACGGACAUCUGCUGUGGCACGGCGGGCGGCAGCAUGGCGUCCAUGGCAGAGUUCUAUGCUGGCAAGAGCGUGCUAAUCACAGGAGCUACAGGGUUCAUGGGAAAAGUGUUGGUGGAGAAGCUGCUGAGGUCCUGCCCCGAUGUUAAAGCCCUCUACAUCCUGGUCAGGCCUAAAGCUGGGCAGUCCAUGCAGCAGAGGGUCAGCGACAUGAUGAAGUGCAAGCUUUUCGACCGAGUAAGAGAGGACAACCCUGACUUCCACCAGAAGAUCAUCCCAAUCAGCAGCGAGCUGACGCAGCCCGGCCUCGCCAUCAGCUCAGAGGAUGUGGAGAAACUCACUGCCUGCAUCGACAUCGUCUUCCACUGCGCCGCCACCAUCCGCUUCGACGAGCCGCUCAAACACGCCCUGCAGCUGAAUGUGAUCGCCACGCAGCAGCUCCUCAGCCUGGCCCAGCAGAUGCAUCACCUCGAGGCCUUCAUUCACAUCUCCACCGCCUAUGCAAACUGCAACCGCAAGCACAUCGAUGAGGUCAUCUAUCCGCCGCCCGUCGAGCCCAAGAAGCUCAUCGAGUCUCUUGAAUGGAUGGAUGACGGCAUUGUGCGGGACAUCACCCCCCGGCUCAUCGGUGAAAGGCCCAACACCUACACCUACACCAAAGCCCUGGCUGAGUAUGUGGUGCAGCAGGAGCAGGACAAGCUCAACAUUGGCAUCAUCAGACCCUCCAUAGUGGGAGCCAGCUGGAAGGAGCCUUUUCCCGGUUGGAUCGACAACUUCAACGGGCCGAGUGGAGUCUUCAUAGCUGCGGGAAAGGGCAUCCUGCGCACCAUGAGGGCCAACAACGAUGCCGUGGCAGAUCUGAUCCCUGUUGAUGUGGUCAUCAACCUGACCCUGGCUGCCGGCUGGUACACCGCCGUGCACAGACCUAAAACAGCCCUGGUGUACAACUGCACAACCGGGGGCAUCAACCCGUUCCACUGGGGAGAGAUCGAGCACCACGUGAUGUCGUCCUUUAAGAGGAACCCUCUGGAGCAGGCUUUCCGCAGGCCCAACGCCAACAUCACCUCUAACUACCUGAUCAACCAGUACUGGAUCCUGGUCAGCCACAAGUUCCCGGCCUUCAUCUACGACCUCUUCCUCCGUCUGUCUGGACAGAAGCCGCAGAUGAUGCGCAUCUUCAAUCGUUUGCACAAGGCCAUCAGCCUGCUGGAGUACUUCAGCAGCCAGGACUGGGAGUGGAACUCAGAGAACAUGAGCAUGCUGAUGAGCCAGCUGACCCCUGAGGACAGGAAGACUUUUAACUUUGAUGUGCGUCAGCUGAACUGGCCCGAGUACAUCGAGAAUUACUGCAUCGGCACCAAGAAAUACGUCCUGAACGAAGACAUGUCGGACAUUCCAGCUGCCAGGCAACAUCUGAGGAAACUGAGGAACAUCCGCUACACCUUCAACACGCUGUUGGUCGUUUUCAUCUGGAGGGUGUUCAUCGCCCGCUCCCAGAUGGCCAGAAACAUCUGGUACUUCGUGGUCAGCCUCUGUUUCAAGUUCCUCUCCUACUUCCGUGCAUCCAGCACCUUAACCAACUGAGUCUUCCUCUCUGCUUCGAGCUGGAAACGGCAGCCCUCGCCUUCAGCAGGAGAAAAUUGGAGUCUCAGACACUGUCAGUGUGGACAAGCCGGGCUCUCUAAAGGGGGGGGCUGCAGCCGAGCGAAGCACUCAGAAGGAGAAACAAAGGAGGUCUACUAGCCAUGAUUUGUUUUCUUUGGAAAUCUGUCAUCAGUACCUACACAGGUCAAUCAGCAAACCCCGUCCAAAACACAAAAAAUGUUGCUCAUUUUGUUCCUACUGUUUUCUUCAGUGGCCAAUUAUAUAUGCAACAAUAAGCCUUCUGUGUGACAUCCACUAUUUUCCCUCCUUCUUGAAUCUAACUACAUCGCCUUGCCUUGUGAUUAUCUUUUUUUUCAUACUUGAAAUAUAGCAGCGCAUCAUAGGAGGACGAUUUCUAUACUGCUUGUUUUUUUUACUGUGAGGAUCUCCAGGUCUUUAAUACGCAGGUGAUGUGGAUAUCUGUAUCCUGUCUUGCAUUCUGUGUAUCUACUGCCUUUUUAAGAUGAUACUCACUGGUGGUUAUCCAUCGAGGCCAGUCCACAGGUCACUGAAACUAGAUCUAAAAUCCGAAAUAUGGCCACAAAAGACAGAAACCUUGAGAUCUGCUGUUGUCGUGAAUUUCUGAUCGCAGACGAUACCAUCUUUAUGUCUUCGAACAUGAACCUUGUUUGUUUGAAUGCUCAUCCACUUUAUGCCUGUUUGUACAGCAGUUUCUACUGAACUAAGUUUACUACUUUUACAACUUUAUACUUGCAUCAGAGGCAAGGCUGAUCGUGUGUUAGACCUUGGCAGUGUAGUAUAUAUAAAUAAGAGUACAUCAGAGUGAAGUUUAUUUAUAUAAUCUAGUACAAGCUGUACAGUGUUCCACAACAGGUCCUCACUAAGCUUUAUAAAACAACAACCCCAAAAACGACCCCCAGGGGCUGAAACAGGAGGAGAAAUGGGGAGGUUACAAAAGAAUAUUGCUGUAGUCAGAAAUACCAAAAGAGGCAUUAAGAUGCAGCGAAUGCUGAUUAAAUCCAGCUCAAAUGAAAAAAGUACAAGCACUGGAUCUGUUUUGAGAAGUCAAACCUUUUCUGAUGGUUCAGAAGCUCAGAGUGAAGGAGAAAGUCACGUUGAAUGAAAGGUGAAGGGAUGAGCGCUAAAUGUGGUAACCAUGAGCUCCAGUAAAAAUUCCCAGAAUAGACAGAAAACAUGCUUCAACAUGUAAAAAAAAAACUAUAUUUUUGUACAAUGAUCCAAAAGCAGAUGGUGUCCUGUUGGCUAUUUUAGGCCAGAAAGAAUCAAAGUAAAUGCUUUUGGUUAAUAGCAGUAUGUGUUGUUAAAUGGUCCUUCCUUUUUCAGACAUCACAGGCAGAUGAUCAAAAAGCCGACGGUUACCACCGUGAACUUGACGAAACUCCACUCGAACCCAGACGAAAGCCUUGAUUGAGCAGGGAAAGAGCCAUGACAGCAUGCAGCAGGUUGCAGCAGGAAGAGGAAACGCGUGAAGCAGCUACUGGUUAGAGGUUGGUUAGGUGUGUUUGGAAGGAGAGGCGCCUUAAGGUCGUCCCGUAGAAAUACUGAUCUGGCUUAGAAGUGUUUGAUAAUGAUCCAUAAAACUCCAGCUGGAAACAGCCAGUUAAAGGGAACUAGAAAAAAGGAAAAGUAAUGGACCAAGUACAGAGCCUUGAGGGAUGCUACGCCUUAUAAAAAGGGAGAAAUGCUGUUGUUUUUAACAUGCAUAUUAGGCCUGUGCUUUAGACCCGGCUGGCACCUUUUACCUCCAUUCUGUAAGUUCUGUAUAUACACACUACCAAAAGACUUGUAUCUACUUUGAUUUUUGCUUUUUUCCAGUUUCCCUCAGUCUACUAAAAGUAUUACUUGUGACGGGCAAGUCAGAUUUCGACUAAACAAGGAAAACGAUGCAGCAUUCUGUACGUCGUCCUGAGGUUGGACUUAAUGAGUCAAUUAGAGGGAAGUUAAAAAAAAAGGGACAAAUAAAAAUUUAUGCAAAGCUCAUGUCUGGUGUAAUAAUCGUCUGCGUUUGUCUACGACCUGCACGAUGAAGCAGAUUCGUCAGGUUGUCCUCAAAGAGUUACGAGGCUGUUUUUAAUUGUCAUCCGUGUGGAGUUUUUGGUCUUUUUGUGUGUUUGUUUGACAACAGAGCGUCAUUAUAAACCCCAACUUGGAGCAAACAGCAGCUCAUAACCAAGGACAUCUUCAUUCUUUCUGGUGUCAUUUGCAAACUGUUUGACUACUGUGUUCCCUGCUCUGACAACACUUCAAGAUUGCUUGGCAAAACUGAAAUAAACAAGAAAAAAGAAAUUCA